AUGGUCGCCUGCUCCAAGGGCUUUGUGGACAUUGUGCCGCUGCUGCAGAGGUGUCCCUACAUCAACGUCAACCAGCAGGACAACGACGGGAACACGGCCCUGAUGAUGGCUGCCCAGGCAGGACACAUCACCAUUGUCAACUACCUCCUCAACUACUACCCGGGUCUCGAGGUGGACCAGCGAGACCCCCGGGGCCUGACGGCGCUGAUGAAGGCGGCGGUGCAGGGGCGGCAGGACUGCGUCACCGCCCUGCUCCUGGCGGGAGCUGACCUGCAGGCCGUGGAUGCCGUGAAGGGGAAGACAGCCAGGGAAUGGGCCAAUUUCACCGGCCGCUUCGAGACCACCGUGCGCAUCCGGACCC